AUGGUGCUGUAUGUGAUAGCUGUGGUACUGGUCGCAGGAGCCACGUCACUUCACGCUCUCGAUAUAUCUCAAUGUAUCGCGCCACUCGGGAUGGAGAGCGGGUUGAUUCCCGACAAGGAUAUCAGCGCUAGUUCUUGCUAUAACGACGGCAAUGUGGCCCCGCAAAAUGGAAGGUUAAAUCAAGAUAUCAAGGGUGGAGCCUGGUGUCCAAGGUCUCAGAUCACGACUGAGUCAACAGAAUGGUUGGAAAUCGAUCUGCAUUCAGUGCACGUUAUCACAGGAACCGGUACGCAAGGCCGGUUCGGGAACGGCCAGGGCCAGGAGUACGCGGAGGCCUACGUCAUCGAGUACUGGCGGCCCAAACUCGGCAAGUGGGUGAGGUACCGGACCGGCGACGGACAAGAGAUUCUGCAGGGAAACACGAACACUUACUUAGAGAAGAAGAACCACCUCGAGCCGCCGAUCUGGGCAUCAAAGAUACGAUUCAUACCGUACAGCUCCCACCGGCGCACCGUCUGCAUGAGGGUCGAACUCUAUGGCUGUUAUUGGAGCGUGGGGAUUGUCGCGUACUCCAUGCCGAAGGGCGACAAACGUAGUAAUGGCGUAGAGCUGACGGACAUGGUGUACGAUGGGCAGUGGGGCGAGGAGCUGCGUGGCGGCUUGGGCCAGCUGGUGGACGGCAAGUUCGGGGGUGACGAGAUCCGCGAGGCCGCCAAGAACUCCGCCUGGGUCGGCUGGAGGAACGACUCCCGCCCUAACCCGCCCACCCUCACCUUUGAGUUUGACAAAGUGCGGGAGUUCAGCGCAGUCCAUUUGUACUGCAAUAAUAAAUUCAUGCGCGAUGUUCAGGUGUUUUCUGAGGCAAUAAUAUCGUUCUCUAUCGGCGGGCGGCACUUCCAAGACGAGCCGAUACACUACACGUACGUGGAGGACAACAUAUUCGAGAACUCGCGCAACGUGAGCAUCAAGCUGCACCACCGCAUCGGCAAGUGGGUGCGCAUCGAGCUGCGCUUCUCUGCGAGGUGGAUACUUAUCAGCGAGGUCGUCUUUGACUCUGACGUCGCACAAGGAAACUACACACCAGAAAGCCAGAAACCACCUGCGGGUAAAGACAAGAAGUUGACGACGCUUACCAAAGAGGUGCCGAUAUCAACAGCGCACCAAGAAGACCCGCUGUAUGUGGCGAUAGUAGUGGGAGUGCUGACGGCCUUGGUGAUCUUGCUGGCGGUGGCCAUCUUCCUCAUAGUACAUAGACAUAGACAUAGGAAAUGUUUUGCUUCACCAUUGGCCAAGUCCACUGUGUCCCAGAAACGCACAAUUGACAACUACAGCGGAUGCGGCACUUCUAUGUUGCCGGAAAACAAGAUGAUAAUAGACUGCGCCUUAGAUGUUAAGUCCGACGAGUACCAGGAGCCAUAUCAAGCGCUCAAGUGUGCUCCCUAUUUUAGCUAUAGUACUGUAUUGUUGGAAAUGAAAGAUUUCGUUAAAGAUUCUAACACUGCACUCUCAGACAGCUCAAACUACGACUAUGCAGUGCCUGAGCUGAGCUCAGCGCCGUUGCUGACAAAGCGGCGACUGGAUUCGCUGUCGGAGCGAGCGACCGACCUGGUGGAGGACAUCGACACACGACGCUCUGCAGGCGGGUCCGUGCGCUCCAAGCAUAGCACUCGGUCACCAAGUCAACAAGAAGUAUUCAUAGAUCUUAAGAGACGUCUGGAGACCACCAAUGUGAUAGAGUUCCCGAGACAUAGACUGAGAAUGAUCUCCAAGUUGGCUGAAGGUGCAUUUGGCACGGUAUACGUAGCGGAGGCUGACGGGGUACCCGAGUACAACGGUACAAUCACGUCAGAGAAGCGGCUCGUGGCCGUCAAGUUCCUGUGCCACGACGCCACUGUUAAGGAGAGGUAUAUCAUGGAUGAGUUUGAGCGUGACGUGCGUAUCUUGGCUGCGUUAUCUUCCCCUCACUUGGCUCGUGUGCUGGGUGCGUGUCGGACGCCUCCCCUGGCCGUGGUGUUGGAGUACUUGGAACUCGGCGACCUCUGUGCGUUCCUCCGCUCCGCGGUGCCUCCCGCCGCACAUAUGCUCCUGCACCUCGCCACGCAGAUUGCUGCUGGAAUGCAAUACCUCGAGUCACUUAAUUUCGUACAUAGAGAUUUAGCUGCCAGGAACUGCUUGAUAGGAAAGAACUUCCAAGUAAAAAUCAGUGACUUUGGUACCGACAACGAAGCGUAUGCGUGUGAUUAUUACAAGGUGGACGGUCGGAUCCCACUACCGCUGCGGUGGGCCGCCUGGGAGUCUGUGUUGAGGGCCAAGUAUACCACCAAGAGCGAUGUCUGGGCCUUCGGAGUCACACUGCACGAAAUCUUUACCCUGUGCAGACGAAGGCCUUACGAACAUUUGACUGAUAACGAGGUACUGGAGAACCUGUCGCACCUGCAGGCGGACGACGGCCUGUUCGAGUGCGUGGACCGCGCGGCCGGGUGUCCGCGCGACGUGUACGACCUCAUGUGCGAGUGCUGGCGCCGCGACGAGCUCGAGCGCCCCACCUUCGCAGAGAUCCACCUCUUCCUACAGCGCAAGAGCCUCAACUAUGCGACCACGUGA